AAGGGGGAAAAGGUGAGGAACUAAAACCCAAGCAAAGCCCUACCUUUUCUCGUCGGCGAUUUCUCCGUGUGCGCGAUUAUGGCAGCUGUCGCCGCCAGGUCAGUGGUGCGAUCGGCCACCGCGUCGGGACGGAGUGCGGUCUCGAGGUUGUCGUCUGGUGUCAAGCCGAGUGCUAUUUCGUCUCCAUUUCGUGUUUCUUCUCAAAAUUCGCUCUCCGCUCGAAUUUUCAGGUGUCCUGUGGAAAUGAGCAGUGUGAGCGGAAUGUCGAUGAUGCCGUACCACACUGCAACCGCUUCUGCGGUGCUCACUUCCAUGCUCUCGGUUGCACCUCGCAGUCUUGCUUGGAGUAUUGAAGAUGGAUGAUUGUAAUAAUAUGUUAAGAUGCGGUGCUUUUCUUCGAUAUUUCCAUGGAUGUCUGUGGACAUAUAUACUUCUGCUCCGGGAGAGAUUUUCUGGUUCGUCAUAAUUGAAGUUCAGAUUGUUAAGCUAUUUGUAGAUAAACCUCUAUAACUGGGUAUCUAUAUAUAGCUUUCAAUAUUUUCACAAUGAAUUAUGAUCUCAGAUGUUUCUGCCAAACUCUCAUUUGCUUGAAAAGUUCUGUAUCUCGUGGAUAUAGAUAUGUGAUAUGCAACGUUCACUGUUCAAGACUGAAGGAUUCAUUUAACUUAUGCUUUGUUUGAUUUUAAAUCAAAGUUUGUGUUGGCAUGAGUUAUAGU